AGAAAGGCUACUGUUGUCAAUUUUUAUGACAUCAAUAAUUCUGUUAACAUGAAGUACGUAAGAUAGUCUCGUGGGCUCAGUGUGACCAUGUUUUGGGUUACAAGUUUGUAUUUACAAGUGUCAGUGUGUGGCAAAUAAAUCAUACUUGAUUUUAUGGAGUUUUCAAAAAAUAUAGACUGGUAAGAAGUAUUUUAGUACUUUUGUAUCCGGGGGGCAAAUCAUAGGACUAUUUACAUAUAUAGUAAUACAGUUGUUGACACUUGGUAAUGACAGUGAACUGGUAGUGAUGGUGCGCUUUGACCUAUUCCCAGGACCCUGCAUCCAGUUUUAAUACAUAUUUAUAUAAGUUUGUUUCAAUUAUCUGGUCACAGAUUCUUUAAUUGCCCUUCCAUCCAUUGCAGCAUUGCUGAACAAAUCCACACAUAAUGUAAGCAACCAUAAAAACUAUGAGAGGUGAUUACCGCCAAAAUUAGACAAUGCAAUUCGCCAUUUCCCAAAGUGCGGGGUCUAGUCACACAAAUCCCAUGUUGGAGGGACAAGAAAUAUGGCAGCACACAUUUGAAUUAAAUGUUUAAUGUAUUAAAAAAGGAGAUAUUUCAUUUUUGUUUGUCUAAAAAUUUGAUUUUGAUAGUAGAUACUUCUAUACUUUCACAUAUUUGAUGCCUAGCUGUCACCAUAUAUUUUGUCCUUCCAAUCCCAGAAUGCACUGUGAUCUCUUGGGAAAAGGCUAAUUAUGCGAUCUUGUGUUUGCAGUCAUGCAAUUGUGUUUUCAAUUCAUUUUGCUAUUUAAUUGUAGUUUAUGGAUACAAUUAACUUUGCCAUUAUAUUUGCUAUUUUACAAUUCUAUUUGCCAUUUCAACUGGCCAAUAUGCAUUUUUGUGCAAUUCAAUAUUUCAAUGUCCCACAAGUAAAACAGCAAAUGUUUUUGUAUAAAUUUGCUGAGUACAGGAGUGUGAGAACUUUGGCUAUUGAUCCAGCUAAUCCUUAGACGUCGGAUGAUAGAUUUUUUGACGGGGCCUUAGGUAUUGACUGGUAUAGUUUCUUUCUCAUCUAGAGAUGAGUUACAGCAUUACAGUUGAUUUCACAUAACUUUUCUGUGAGUGUUGCGAACUUCGUUGUGAAGUUCAAAAGUUCAUACUGAAAUUCACAAGCCGGUUUGUAAACAAAGCCUCUGAUUGGUCCCUGAACAAAAAUAAGCCAAUUAGAAGCUUUGUUUACAAACCGGCUUGUGAAUUUCAGUAGGAACUUUUGAACUUCACAACGAAGUUCGGAACGAAGUUCGCAACAUUCACAGAAAAGUUAUGUGAAAUCAACUGUAAUAAUUAUCUAGACAAGAAGGAGAUUAGGGGCUUGAGUUUGUAGUUGCCUCUUUCUUUAGGCAAUUAUAAAUUCAUUAUAGCCCCCGGGAUUAUAUAUAUUAUCCCCCGGAUUAUAUAUAUCAUCCCGGCAUGCUUCUGUGAAGUGGCAAUUCGGGGUAAAUACGCCAGUUAAUCACUGUGGUAUGUACAUCAAACAAAACAGCUGGGCCAACUGUGCUAUAAUGUAUAAGAAAUGGUAGCAUUGACUAAAAUUAUAUUAAGUAAUCAUUUCGAUAAUCAAAUAUUUUGUAAUCUAGAUAAAUCAAAGAUAAAAAAUCUGUGAAAAUUUAUGUGAAAGUGUAGAUCCCCAAACAAUUUUUGGAAACUUGGUUCCCAGGUUCUGAUACUUUUUCCACCUCUACUCAAAAUGCAAUCUUGAGCCUACACCCAGAAUGAGGUUGGAUAAAUAAAACAUUUCCAAAGUUAACUUUUAAUUAUUGCAUAGGAAAAGGCAUGAUGCUGAGACAAAGUUAUGUAACUGGACAUUAACAGACGAGGUGUUCAGGAAUCAUUCACUGCAAAAGUAUUUUGACAGUGAUGAUCUGAAGAAGAAAAGCAAAACUAACCCCAAGCAAGGUUUUAAUUUUAAUUUGAGUGUAUUGUAAUUGUAACAUGUAGUCACCGGUUUAUUUUGACUCUUUGCAUUGCAUCCUAAUGCACCCUACUUUGUUAUUUUUCUUUGUUUAACACCACACAAUUUUACUAAUUUAUAAGGCUGGUGGUCAUAGGCAGCAUUAUCCUACAAUGCAUAUCAGCAUAUGUACAACAUAGUAUAUGGAUUGUACAAAUAUAUUGCACAUGUACAAAUAUAUGCAAUCCUGUCUUAAUUCUUAUUAAGGACAUAUAAAACAUUUUAAUAACAUGUUUACAGGACAAAUUAUUGCACACCAGACAAGCACUACUUGCCCAUGUAUAUACCAUAUCUAAUGGCACUGGUCUUUAGUCUUCAGAACUUACAGUUUAUAACCUUUUCCUAGUUAUCUAAUCAAUUUUGUAGAUAAAAAUACCUCAAAAGUUCCCAAUAUCCUCCCAAAAUUACCUGAACCACAGAUUCCAUAUCCAAAAAUAUCAGAUUUGUCGAUUGAGGACCAAAAAUACUUUCUGGAUACCUACAAAGAAUAUAUUUCUGGAAAAGAAAUUGGGUCUGAAAAUCUUAAUCAACUACAGGUAUUGUAGGAUAUGUAUAAAAUUAAGUAACUUAAACCAAAGGUAAUCCAGUAUUAAUAAAGACAGACUUAUUAUUUCCUUAUUGCCAAAUGAAUUUGUGUAGCAGUUGUUGCAGUUUGAAAUGUAUUGCCGUUGGCAUUAGCGAGGUUACAAUUUGACUUCCACUGCUAGCUGCAUUUGAAAUAUCUGAAUAACCGAUCAGAUGUUUACUCAGCCAGCGAAAGGUAGCAGUAGUCAAAUCUGAACUUCUAGUAUUGGGCAUGAACAACAUCUAAAACUCUCAUGGAUUUUAAUUACUCAUUUCCUUUCUACUAUAUUAUAAAUUUCAUAAUCAUUGUAUUAGUAGUUGUUGUCAUUGCAUUUCCAUCUUGCUUGCUUAGGGUUCCUAAUAACAGUUGUUCAUAGUUAUUGUCCUUAUAACAUGUAAAUUUUAAGAGUGUUUAUUGCCACGCCCACUUAAUAUACCAAGCCUUAGUUUGCUAGUUCUUCUUGACGGAUGACCCCUCUGUGUGCCAUGUUUAUACACAGAAACAAACUACGGUAUCUAGUACCUUUUUUUGUCCAAGUUUGUCCAAAUGGAUCAUCUGUCUCCAAGCAAAGUCAUUGUUAAUAGUGAUUAAUUAUUCAAACAGAAUAGUUAUACAUAUUUAUUUUUUUAUUAACUUUGCCAUCGUCAUAUACAUACAGUGACUGGCCGGGAAACAGAAACCACAAUCUCACAAUUACUUUCUGUAAUGACUAUUAUCCAAGUAUUGUUUUAUUGUGUGUGUAAUAAUUAACUGUAUUUUGUAAAUUGUUUAUGUACUAUUGGGGCCACAGUAAUUGGCAAUAGCUGUCAGUAAUGUAGAGAAUUCAAAAAUAUUUUUCAGAAUUGUUAAAAAUGUUGCAAUUAUAAUUUUAGAACGUUUUAUAUCUAACACUUAAUUUGAACUCUACAGCUCUCGUUACGGUAAUUGUAUGUCAGAUCUUAAGGGUGGAAAAUAUGCCCUUGCCCGUUAAUGAUCAUGAGUAGAAAUUAUUCUCAGAAAGGUGAUUCUAUUCAGAAUUUAAUGUGGAAGCUAUCCUCAGAACAAGAAGAAUUUUUAAGGUUUCUUCAGCAACAUUCCUUGUCAGCAAAAGACGAAUACAAUUUUCUUCAUCUACAAGUUAAAAAAGAAAUUCAGGUAAGAUGUCGUAAAGAAAUUUAAUGACAAAUGGAACUUCGUGCUGCAACGAUUCUUCCAACAAUCAUUGUUGUUCUCAAAGGUGGGCAAACCAGGAAACAUUGUUUUGGCAACAAAAAUCAUACUUGUGAAAGAAAACAGGUUUCUGCAUUCUUAAUUUAGGAAACAUUUUUGUUCAUAGGAUCCAAAAUUUGUUUCUGCAUCAAUGUGUUCAAGGGGUGAAUACAAAAAUAAACAAUGGAGGAAAUAUAUCAUUCUUCUCUAACAAUGAUAUAUGUCCUGUGGGUAGUAUAUACUUGGCGAAGCAAAGUUUUUUUUCAAUGUUCGGAUGCUCCUCGGUAACUGGACUUUGUAGCUCGGUUAGAGCGCUUCACCGGAAUCGCAGUUAGGGCUGUUUGUUCGAUUCCUAUCAGAGGGCGUGUAUAGUUGCAUUUUUCGCAACUGUUCCUAAUUAUAGGUCUAAAAUUGUAUAGAAAUUUACGUUCGAAAAGCUCAUUUGUUGUAAGGGUAGUAAAUAUAAUUUAACGUAGUAAAUAAUUUAGUCCCUCAUUUGAAUGACACAACAAUUAAAUGCAAGUUUUCAACUUCAGAAGUCAAAACUAAAUCAAAAUGUCUUGUGUUUUGGCGCUGGCCAUGCACGUAUCCCGAUAAAAUUGCAAUCAGAAUAAAGUGAUUUUUUCAUGUAUCUUAUUAUCGGCGUAAUUCAUGAAGAGAUUAUUGUAUAUGCUCUAAUACCUUUUUCUCCCAUUUUGUCCUAGAACAUACUUCAAACCCUAAGAUGCCGCCAGGUUACAGAGAAUCUAGCCGUAAGUAUGACGUUCAUAUUUCUUAGUUCCAUUUUAUUUAACCGUAACUUACAGCGGGGUGGGUAAUCAUUUUUGAAAGCCUUUGAGUUGAAUAACUGCAUGUGCAACAGAGCUGUAAUGAUACUUUUUCAACCAUGAUUGGUAGACUAUGAAUUAAUAUAUAUUGCAUGAAAUUUAGGACAAUUUUGGCAACUUAAUUCGCCCACUCACACCCCCGCCCCAACAUUUCACGAAGUGUCCGCCACUGUUCCGUAUCAAAAACAGUAAAAUAACUUGUCGUCUAUUUCAAUCCGUUCUGACUUUUUGAUGUUGGGGAUGCUGAAGCAUAGAUGGGAAUGUACACCAUAACAGGAAUUAAUAGUGGGUCCUGGCUUAGCUGGCACAGAAAAUAAUAUAUUUGUGAGCUCGGCAGAAAACUUUGACCUCAAACUUAGAAUCCCAGAAACAAAAAUAUUAUUUCCCGCAUAAUGUGCUCACUGAAAACUCACUUUAUUUUUGGGAGUACCCCCAAUCCAUGCCGCUCUUUUUAUUUCAGUUUUUGCAACUUUUUUUUCUUUUCAGCCUUACUACUCUCUGUUUCAAACAGUUGGUCUCUCAUCUGGUGCAGUCUUUCCGAACGAUCCGAUUCUUUCCUACAAACAAACAUUAAAGCAAGCAGUAGUGAGUAUUUAGCUUCUUAAAUUACAGUUGAUUUCACGAAACUUUGGCCGCUCCAGUUGCGAGGUUGGUUGGGAAUUUGGGAACCACAAACACGAGAUCAUCAAGUUGAUUGGAAACCGGCCAAUCAAAUUCGGAAGUUUCGCAUUAAAUUAUCGAAAUUCGUUAUGAAAUUCCGAACCAAGUUCGCAAAUUGCAAACGAUUUUGACGGUAAAUUUUGAAA